CAAAUCAUCGCUUUCUCCUUUAUUGCCUCUUUUUCGGUCCUUUUUUCCUUUCUUUUCUCUGUUUUCUUGGUCCCUCGUUGCACUUUUUUUGUUGUAUUUGACACUGUCGUCACUGUUUUCUUCGUUCUUGUCGUUUUCCCCUUGCAGGUCAUGUUUGAAGCGGUUAAGAAUGUGUUGGCAAAGUCGGGCAGAAAAACGCAGAAUGCAAACCGGCAUCAAGUGUUUGUCAACGUCUAUGAUAUGCUUCAACCGAGCUUCCUGACCAACUGUGGGUAUUUGCUGGGCGUCGGCAUUUAUCAUUCUGGCGUGGAAAUUGGCGGACAAGAAUAUUGUUUUGGCGGUCAUGAGUACGAAUACAUUACGGGUGUGUUUGCCGUGGAAGCCAAAGUCGGCCCUGCCGAACUAUUUUUCAAACAAUCGAUCAAAAUGGGAUAUACCCAUUUGGCUGACGACGAAAUAGCUCACGUGUUACAAGAUAUAUCCAAAGAAUUUGUGGGUACAUCGUACAAUUUGCUCACUAGAAACUGCAAUCAUUUUACGGACGAAUUGUGUUUUCGUUUGACGGGAAAACAUGCGCCAGGAUGGAUCAAUCGGGCCGCCAAACUAGGCACCAUGUUUCCUUGUGUAAUUCCCACCGAGUGGAUCGAACCUCCUGCAUGUGAAGCCGGUGCCACACGGUCUUCAACGACUCCUUCUACGUCUCCUACUGCCAUCUCUUCACCCAAAACUCCUCUAAAAGUGCCAAGUUUCCAGUCCACCACCACUACCACCAAGUCGCGAUUGCAUGAGUCGUCUUAUACCUAUUCGGAGAAAAAGAAACGAUCGGGGUCCAGCAAAUCUUCGCGAACAUCUUUAGAAACGCGCCAUAAAUCUCAUAAACAUACCUCGACCUCCUCUUCCCGAGCCGACAGUAUCAUUCUUGUAAAAAAAGCAUCCACUUCAGUGACCAUGGACGAAACUGUUGGUCAUCCGCCAGUGAAAGAGCCCGACAGUUAUCGACCUGAAGUCAUUCGGUCCGCCACUCAGCUGUCCAUGGGCGCUUCCUUGAAAGAAAUGGAUUUACCCGCUUAAGUUGGCUUUUCUCCCAUGGAUUCCCUUAUCUUUUUAUUUUUAUUUUUAUUUUUAUUUUUGGUGAUAUUAUAAGGUGUUAUCUUUAUUUUCUGUUUUUCUCACCGUGGACUUUAUCCAUUUUUGAUUCCAAGAGAAACACAUAUACAAGUCAUUACAGUACAGAAAUAUGGGUG